AUGCGCUUCCUCUCUACUGUUCUCGUGGCGGCAGGUCUGGCCACCAGUGCCAUCUGUGCCGAGAUGUCCAUGGCCUCUUCGCACACUGGCCCUGCGAUCUCCGCUGCCCCUUCUCCUGUCUCCAAAUGUGCAAGUGCGAAGACGGACCUCACUCUGCUCGAGCAAAAUCAAUGUGCCGUGGCGCUUCUCCCACCGGGUUGCAACAUCCAAACAUGCCUGAAUGUGGGCCCUACAAUUAAUUGUAUUAUCAAAGCCCUGCAAACUGGAAGCUUGAUCAAUUUGGCCCAAUGCCUGACAACCGGUCUUCAAGAGAUUUGUGCUUGCGGUGCUUGUAUCCCUAUUCUGGGAAGUCUUCUCAGUGGCUUGUGCGCCGCUACUCAAGACACGAAGGACACCGACUCUUUGACAGCACAUUUGUCUAUGAGUCAAUCGGCAACUUCUCGACGCCCUAUGUUCUUGGAGAACUUGACGCUGACGGUUGUCCCGAGUCCUGGCUCUACUCCUACCCCGACCAUGUCGCGGGUCUGA